AAUGAAUAGAAAACCCAUUUUUUUAUAAGAUAAGCAAGUAUCAUAGAGUUACCCAUAUAAUUAACCUACUCAAAUAUAAACUGGUAGAUAAGCUGAUACUAGGAUUGCUAAUAUGAAAAAUACUGAACAUCUUUUGAUGGGUAAAAUUGUUAUAUCAUUCAGCUCCUCAACAUAAUACACCUUUUUCGGCCUUUAGCACUGCCAUGUAAUCAUAAGAUGCUUCAUUCUUGAGUAACAAACAGGAAGACACUAGUAUUGGAUUUUAAUAAAUUUUGAAACAUGUCAAUUAAAUAGUAUAAGAAAAAUCAUAGGCAUAAGAAUUAAAGAUUAAAGAAUUGUAAAAUCAGAUCGAUUCAAACCGAACUAUUAUUUUUGAUAUAAGAGGAUAAAAUCCGAUUAAUGCAGAAUAGUUAAGCAUAAAAUUUAAAUAGUUUGAAGAAUCUGUAAUUUCAAUUUUCAAUAUUUUAGAUCAAAACAUAUAUAAAAAAGGCUCAGGAAGAAUUAAUGAAUUAAUAGGUUAAUUUUUAAAGCGAUUAUUAAAUAAAGUUUAAAGAAUUACAGGAUUAGACUGAUAAUAAAUUAAAAUUUAUAUAAAAAGAAAACUAGUAAAAUUUAGUUAAAUUAAAAGAAGACACACAAUCAAGAACUCCUCCUCAAAUUAAUCUUAGUGAAGAUAAACUUAUAAAGGAUAUUCAAUAAAAAAUUAAGGAUCUUCAAUUAUUGUUUGAUUCUCAACAUAAUGAAUUUGUUUUAAAUGAUUAAAAAACAAAGUAAAUGUUCUAUCAAAUAAAACUAGAUAACAAUUUACUAAAUUAGAAAAAAAUCUAUCCGAGCAAUCUUAAAAAAUUAGUGUUUAAGAAUAAUAGACUAUUGCUUAAUUAAAGUCAUUCUAAAAUAAUCAAUAAAAUAAUAUUGCUUAAGCAAAUAAAAAACUUUAGGAUGAUAUUGAAAUUAAGUUACAAUAAGUUUACAAUAUGAUCCAACAAAAAACAUUUACAUAAUCUGACAAGUAAUUGAUAACUUAUUAUUUAGAUUAACAGAAUUAACACUUUAAUAAGGAGAUCUAAAUAAAAUUACACAAGGAGUAUUUGAUCUUCAGAAUUCAUAAAAAUUACUCUCUUAGUAAUAUUAAGAACUAACUAUAAGAAUAGAUUAGCAUCUAUCUUAAACCUCUAAUUAAGAAAAUUAUCUUAAAGAACUAGAAUAGAAAGUGGAUUAAGUAUACUGAAUUAAAUAUAUUAGAAUAAUGAUGAAAAUUAUAAUGGUAUUACUUAAUUGAGAUUAGAACUUUCAAGUCUAACCAAAUAAUUUGAGAGAUUGAAAUUAGAAUAUAAAAAUUAAUUUGAUUAUCUCAUAGAUUAAUAAAAUAAAUCAAAUGAAGAAAACAGAAAAUCUCAUUAAGAAAUACUGUUUUCUUUUAAAUAAACUGAGUAGACUCAUUGGGUAGAUGAAUAUAACAAAAAAAAACCUGAAAUUUAAUAAGCUUAAGUCUAAGUGUUUAGUUAUGAAGAAGAUUCUGAAAGUAAGAGUGACCAGCAAAUAAAUGAAUUAUCAGAAUAGAAUAAUAAUGUAUUAAUCUUCCUUAUUUAUUAGGAUUAAAUAGAGCCUGAGUUUGAAAAGGAGGCGUUUAUGGAAAGGUUGAAAGCGUUGAGUCCCUUUAAAAAUAGCUAAUUAUAGGAAGAGAAGAUAGUGUAAGUGAAGGAAGAGAAUCAGGAUCAGGAUUAGGAGAAAAAAAAUGAAUAAAAAGAGGAGGACGAUGACGAUGAUGAUAAUAAUGAAGCUACUUAUUAAUUAGAUGAAAAUGGUUUCUUAUUAGAUGACGAAGGAAAUUAUUUGUUAGAUGAAAAUGGGUAAAUGAUUCAAUUAAAUGAAACCUAAAUAGAGUAUUUAAGAAAGUAAGAUAUGGUGUAAGAGGAAGAAAAUUGA